UUUUUUUCUUAUUCUUCAUUUGAUACAAAUAAUAAACACCUCUCUUCUUUAUUCUUUAAAAACCACCCAUUCAAAAUAACAAAAUGGCCUGGGGAGGUGGUAACACAAACAGUGUCGAGUCAUGGGUGAAGCGUCUACGCGACAACGAUGCCACUUUCACGAGUCUCCAUAUCCUCUCCUUCCGACGUGUGACCUCCUCAGAACUCGGUCAGAUCUUUGAAGCACUUACUCAUAAUGCCAUCCUCAAGGAAUUCUACGCCUCCGGACACUCGUUUGAUGAGACUGCUGCCAAAAUACUAGCCACCGCAUUGGAACACAAUACCACUCUGGAACGUCUUAACAUUGGAAGCGACCAUCUCGGUAAUAAUGAAGCCGUAGUGAAACUCUUGUCUGAAGGUUUAAGCAAGAAUAAAGGCCUCCUCCGUUUAGAUUUGGAGAACAAGGGUUUUGGAGGACAUCACGAGACCAGUGUUCAAUACUUGGCUCAGGCGUUGGAAAAAAAUAUCACAUUACAGGAAUUAAUUCUGGCGAGAAACAAACUGACAGAUCAGGAUGUUCAAGUUCUCUGUCAAACCAUAACUCAAGGCAACAACAGGACUUUACAAAAGUUGGAUCUGUGUCUCAACUCAUUCACAGAGGCCGGGGCUCGAUCCAUCGCCACAUUAUUGGCAAGCCAAAAUCAGGCAGACGCAGGUGGUCUAAAAGAGAUUGAUCUGAGUGAUAAUGAAAUCACAGAAGAAGGUGGUCGCGCUAUCGGACAGGCACUCGAGUCCAAUAAGGCAUUACAGCGAUUGAGAAUGAGCUCAUGUAUGGAUCCACCCUUACCGGUGGAGGAAGGAGUCGAAGACAAGAUCCCUUUUGAUGAUGACAUUCAAACUUUAAAUCGUCCCCUGACAUCAGAGCAGGAACGGGAAAUCCGAAUGGAUGGUGAUACUGUCUUGGAAACAAUUGCCUCCGCUCUUAAAUCCAACUCUACAUUACAAGAAUUGUGGAUGGAUUACUGUAACGUCUCUUCAAUCGGAGCUGGAUACUUGGCGGACGCAUUACGUCAUAACCAUAGCCUCAUCACUGUACGCAUGCGUAAUAAUCGUAUCGGGAACAGAGGCGCACGAGCCUUGGGUGCGGCCCUCACUCCUACUUGUAGCACGAGUACGGAUGCUCAGUUAGGAGGAGAUGAAGGACAGUCAAUAGAGCCGACGCAAGCAUCAUUAUCAUCAUCAGAAGGUGUAGCAGUAACAGCAACUAAAUCGUAUAAUGCAACAUUAAGAAACUUGGAGCUUGGAUCCAACAUGGUUGGCGUCCUAGGAUGGCAUGGACUCGUUGGUGCAAGAUCGCUGGAGAGUUUAGGCUUGUACGAAAACCAGAUCAAUGUGCUUCAUAAGGCCUUGGAAGAACAACAACAGAUAAACCCUCCUUCUUCACCCAGCUCUGUACCCUCUACAACCAUGUCACCCACAAAUGCCCCCCCCUCUUCUUCUUCACUGAGUGCAAACAUCCCCAAUGGCGCCUCCUUUAACUCACAGCAGGCUCUUGAAAAGUUAAUUCACCUCGAUGUGGGUUGUAACGGUAUCUCGCGCGAGGAUUACACACAGUUGGGUGUAUGUCUUAUUAAAGGAAUGCUACCCUCGUUGAUCCGCUUGGAAAUCGCAGGCAAUGGUGAUCGGUCUCGGGAGGCACCGCAACAUUCUUCUCCUGGCCGUAACCAUGAUGACGAUGAGGGGGAAGAUAACCAGGAAGAUCCUGAUGACGAACAGGAUGCUUGGCAGAGAGUCACUUCCAGGAUCGAAGAAGCGCGUCCUAACCUCGUGAUCCAUUGGAAAGGUGCCGGAGCGAUGCAGCAGGGAUAAAUAUUAGUACCUUGACACCUAGAAGUCUUCAACUAGUGAUAAAAAGCAAAAUGUUAUUAACUACAUAUCACCAUCACUACUAUUGCUGUAGUUAUUAUUUGCUCUAAUGAAUAUUUCUGAUAAUAAUGAAUAAUAUAUGCU